GAGAUCUAAUUUGCCUAUCGCCUUCCAAAACUAAAAGGGAACCUAAUCUUCACCCAAAAGUCUCAACCUAUAACAAACUGCACAACCAGUAUCAUUAGGCAUUAAAUUCCAUCAUCUCUGAAACAGAAACCAGUGAGCAACACCAUUAACCUUCCCAAAGAGCAACCACAAUGCUCCAUUUCUUGCUAUCGUACAAGAAUCCAUUGCUUCAAGCAUCACUCUCCCUCACCCUCGCUUUCAUCCUAGCCUUCUUCAGAAUCCCCAUCUUCUUCCUCCACGGUCUUCAAACCUACAUCCACCCCGAUUCCCAACCCCAAUCCAAUGGCCUCAGAGCCGCCAUUCGCCGCCCCGGGAUCGACAACUACCAACCCUUAUCCUCCAAAACCUCCGCAGAGCUCAGGAAGAGAAGCAAGGCCAAGGACAAGGUCGAUUUCGACGAAAACAAUGCUCAGAUCUUCAGGCUGAGACUCGAUGAGGGUCACCUUCAAUCUCGUCUCUAUGUUGAUCAGUAUUGUGCUGCUUUCACCGUUUCCUUUGUUGCCCUUUUCUCUAUUUUGCUUCACAGCUUCUUAGAUUCGAAGGAGGAUCAUGGGUUAUUGAAAACUGGGGUUAUAGUUCCGAUUCUGUUAUCAAUUUUGAGUCUUUACUCGUGGGGUUCGACGCUUGCGAAGACCGCGUUCGAGCGAUCCGCGUCUAGGCGGUCGGAGAAGCAAUUGAGCAUUGUUUUUGGGGUUUUGGGGGUUUUCUUAGGGCUAAUGUUUGUUCCUGAGGGUGCUUCAUUGGUUUUGGAUUUCCAUUUCGGGGUUCCGGUUGAUGGGCCUAUGAGGGUUUUCAUUGCAGCAUUGAUGGGUUGCCUUGCAGGUUUUCUGUUCAUUCCUGCUGGUAGAAGUGCAAGAUGCUUUUGGCUCGGAACUGAUCAAAUUCGUUGCAAUUUGUCAAUGAUAACUUGUGGCUGGUUCGCCAGCACGAUCCUGUAUGCGAAUCAAUUGUUGGUUAUAUUUGUGGCUUUGCUGUGGAUUACCCCAUUGUCUGAAAUUUUUGUAAACACUAACUACAAUAAUAAUAAGGGAGGUAGUGGUAUUGGUAGUGCAGAGAAAUUGGUGGGGAAUCUGGGGUUUUUGCCAUCUGAUUUCAGUAACUUUAGGCGUUGGUGCUUGUUGGGGUCAAGUUUGUUGCAGAUUGUGGCGGUACGGCUAAACCUGCAAAUGUAUCUGAAUGAAGCUUUGUUGUCUUGGUACCAAAGGCUUCAUGUUAGCAAGGUUCCUGAUCUGGAUUAUAGCAGGGCGAAGAUGUUCCUGCAUAACCACUAUGUGUGCCUUGUGGUUUUGCAAUUUCUUGGUCCUCCUAUGCUGGUACUUGUCUUUCUUGGCUUAUCUCAGAUUGAUAGUCCUUCCUUUGGAAAUUUACCAUCUAUACUGCCGAGCUCUACUUUUGUCAAGGAAGUUGCUUUGUUUUUUGCUUGGUGGGUUAACUUUCUGUGGGCAAUAUACUCUUCAGUGAUCCUUAUGCUACAUCGCCAUUGUAUUUUAUAUGUUUCUUGAGCAUCUUUUCCCUUGAGGAUGAUUUUAUUGGAGCUUUCAGUGAGUCUUUUAUUGUAAGUUGAGUACUUUACAGAAUUUCGAGAAGAGUGUUGAUCUUAUAGCAUAAGUUUUGCAGGUUAGUUAAC